UAGGUGGCUUGUCCCAGCGUCCUUACUCUCUUGAUACACGAGUUAUGCAAAGUCGCCAAAAACGUCGCUACCCAUAUGCACGUCUGCAGGGAGUUGCAGGAUGCGUCACUUCCGAGACGAAGUGGUACUCAACUGUGUGAGUCCGCAAAACAGUGCAGCGGUACAGGUGGCGGGCAUGCUGCAUCACAAGCUGAUCGUGAGCGUUGCGUCAUAUCUUUUGACACCUGGCCAGAAGAAGUUCAGACCGAGUUUGUUGAGGCUCUACUAGCUCGGAUGUCUCACUGCCAGCAUUCACGCAUCAGCACAUUCCUGAGACCAAUGUUGCAGCGCGACUUCAUUUCUAUGCUGCCAAAGAAAGGGCUGGACCAUGUUGCUGAAGCUAUCCUGUCAUACUUGGAUGCACGCAGCCUGUGUGCUGCUGAAGCAGUUUGCAGGGAGUGGCGUCGUGUUGUGGCUGAAGGAGGCCUUUGGCGCAAGCUGAUGGAGCGACGUGUUUCAACGGACCCCCUGUGGCGGGGCCUGGCUGAAAGGAGGGGUUGGAUGCAGUACCUGUUCAAGCCACCGCCAGGUGAACCCCAUCCUGACCACAUGUUUUACAGGCGUUUGUAUCCUCGCAUCAUUCAAGACAUUGAGAGCAUUGAGAACAACUGGAGGUGUGGAAGGCACAAUCUCCAGCGCAUAAACUGUCGCUCAGAAAAUUCCAAAGGUGUCUACUGCCUGCAAUAUGAUGACACUAAGAUUGUGUCUGGCCUGCGAGACAACACAAUCAAGAUAUGGGACAGGGGAUCCUUGCAGUGUGUCAAGGUGCUGACAGGUCACACAGGCUCAGUGCUAUGCCUGCAGUAUGAUGACAAAGUCAUAAUUUCUGGGUCCAGUGAUUCCACUGUCCGGGUCUGGGACGUGAAAACAGGCGAGAUGGUCAAUACCCUAAUUCACCACUGUGAGGCUGUGCUUCAUCUGCGCUUCAACAAUGGCAUGAUGGUCACUUGCUCAAAGGAUCGUUCCAUCGCUGUCUGGGACAUGGUUGCUCCUCGUGAGAUCAACUUGCGGCGGGUUCUUGUUGGCCACCGAGCUGCAGUGAAUGUGGUGGACUUUGAUGAACGCUAUGUGGUGUCUGCUUCAGGAGAUCGCACAAUCAAAGUUUGGGGAACACCAAACUGUGAGUUUGUAAGGACUCUCAAUGGCCACAAGCGUGGAAUCGCCUGCCUGCAGUACAGAGACCGGCUUGUGGUCUCUGGCAGCUCUGAUAACACUAUCAGGCUGUGGGACAUUGAAUGUGGUGCUUGCCUGCGAGUGCUUGAAGGCCAUGAAGAACUGGUGCGCUGCAUCCGCUUUGACACCAAGCGCAUAGUAUCCGGUGCCUAUGAUGGCAAGAUCAAAGUGUGGGACCUUGCAGCAGCUUUGGACCCUCGAGCACCUGCAGGAACACUCUGCUUGCGCACUCUUGUGGAGCAUAGUGGCCGAGUGUUUCGGCUGCAGUUUGACGACUUCCAAAUUGUGUCAUCAUCUCAUGAUGACACCAUCCUCAUUUGGGACUUCCUGCACCUGCCAUCAGAGGCUGCUUCAUCGCCUUUGCCACCUCGCACCUACACCUAUGUAAACAAGUGACAUCCACCGUCCCCUGGGGAAGGCGACUCCUGAGGUCCUGGCUCUUUUUUUACUGGACCCUCCAGCCAUGCAUGGCCGCGUGAAGCUUUUGGGCGUUAUGUGGGCUGUCCUCCGAAACCCAGGUUUUCUUCCUCUUUGUGUUGUUGUUUGCCAUGGUUAUUGGCUGUCCCUGCCAGCCCUGGUUAAGGCACCAGGAAAGCUCUUUCUAACUUAGCUAAACCUGUGGGGAUAGGAUUUUUUGCUUUGUGAUAGUUCCGUGACAGGUGUGGUGCUGGUCUGAUGUGGACAGCUGUGUGUUGUGUGCAGCAGCAAGCAAAGUACCAUCAUUGGUCCCAUUGAUGCUCAGAGCUUAAGAAAGGUGUUCAUUAUAGGCCACUGUAGAUACAGAAGCUUCCUAACAAUCUGUCUUUUGGGUGUUGCUUUUGAAAUGAGUGGCAAAGUAUUAUUGGAUGUGCCUGGACACAUUUUGGAGGGGUAGGAGGGGUACUUCAAAAUUUGCUUUCAACCACAUGACUUCUGUUUGUUGUUGGAACCUUCCAUCUUGGUAUCCGAAGGCUGUGAAAGUGAAGCAGCUAUAUAGGUCUGCUGUUUCCUGCUAAAAACGAGUAUGAGUAGGCAGUUGCUGAAAUUAAAAAAAAAAAAAGUGGGGUGUACAUGACUACUCUCUGCAGGUGUGGCAACUGUUCUGCUGUGUCGCAUGCUGCAGAGGCCGUAUGUUGGUCUGCUGUUUCCUGCUAAGAAGGAGUAUGAGUAGGCAGUUGCUGAAAUAAAGAAAAAAGGUGGGGUGUACAUGACUACUCUCUGCAGGUGUGGCAACUGUUCUGCUGUGUCGCAUGCUGCAGAGGCUGUAUGUUGGUUUUCAAGCGAAGACUCUCUCUGCAGGAUUGUCUGGUUUGUAUGCUGGAGCAUGGUCAGUGUUUUUGUUGUUUGCCAGAAAAAAAAAAAGAAUAAAGUUAUGAGCUGCCAUUGUCCUGUCAAAAUGUCCACACCAUGUGAGUGCAUGUGUGUGUUGUAUGUGUGGAUGAUGUUGCAUCAUGUUGUCACUCCUAGAAAAAUUGUUUUGAAAGGUGACGCAGACUUUUCACUCAAGGUGCAAUUGCUGUUUGCCAGUGCCCAUAGUUCAUGGCAGGAGCCCUGAGUGUUGGUGAAAACUUAUCAGUGGACCUCUUCUAUCGGCAGCUUCGGACUUUGAGGGAUAUUUAUUUAGUAUGGGCCCUGCUCGCAAAUUUGUUUGAAGUGAUCACCUUGAUGAGAUAUUUGCCUGCAUUCCAAAGCUGCUUUAGGAAGCAAAAAGUUGUAGCAUUUUGACUGUAAAUAAAUGAUGUUGCCGGUGGGUGACUUCUUUUAUGAGUUGAAAA